GAUAGUUCUAUUGGUCGUAAGAGAAUGCCGGAAAUUAGCGGCGUUGCUGGUGAGCGCAAAACGUUGCCGCCUCUAAUUCUUUAGGCGGACAAUAAUCACUGAAUUAUGUAUUGAAAUUGAGAGAAAAUUUUAUUCGAUUUCUAAUUAAGGUAUUUAAGAUCAGUCAGACAUGGAUUUCCAGCAUCGAGCUGGAGGCAAGACUGGUGGGGGUGGACAGGCUUCAUGGAGCGAGAGCAACAAGGACAGACGGGAGCGUCUCAGGCAGUUGGCCCUUGAGACCAUUGACCUGAACAAAGACCCUUACUUUAUGAAAAACCAUCUGGGUUCAUAUGAGUGUAAAUUAUGUCUCACUUUACACAACAAUGAAGGAAGCUACUUGGCUCACACUCAGGGCAAGAAGCACCAGACCAACUUGGCUAGACGCGCCGCAAAAGAAGCAAAGGAAGCACCAACGCAGCCCGCCCCUGAGAAGGCUCGAGUGGAGCUUAAAAAAUUUGUCAAGAUUGGUCGCCCUGGCUAUCGUGUUACCAAACAAAGAGAUCCUGAGAAUGGGCAGCAGAGCUUGCUUUUUCAGGUGGACUACCCCGAGAUCGGCGAAGGCAUCGCCCCGCGCCACCGCUUCAUGUCGGCCUACGAGCAGAAGGUUGAGCCGCCCGACCGCAAGUGGCAGUACCUGCUCUUUGCUGCCGAGCCUUACGAGACCAUCGCCUUCAAGGUGCCGAGUCGGGAGGUGGACAAAGGUGAGAAUAGGUUCUGGACGCUAUGGAACAAGGAGACCAAGCAGUUCUUCCUGCAGUUCUCCUUCAAGAUCGACCCUAAGGCCAAGCUCGUCCCUCCCGGUCCCCCUCCCCCCAUCACCAUUUCCUCCUCAGGGGGUCCUGGACACCCUCCGCCGGCUGCAUCCCCCAUGUUGCCUCGACCACCUCCCCCUCAUGGUCCACCCCCAUCGAUCCUCCCUCCUGGGGGACCUUUGGGUCCACCACCCGCCAUGCCCCCGCGGCCGCCGAUGUCCAGACCGCUCUCAGGCCCGCCCCCACCCCCGCCUCCCCACAUGCAAGGUCCUCCCAGGUUCAGCGGUCCAUCCAGCAGUCCGUAUGGGCCACCGCCCCCCAACUCCGGGGGACAAGGCGCUCCUCGUUUCCCUUCUGGCCCGCCUCGUCCCCCUGGCAUGAGGCCCCCACCUCUGCCGCCUGGUAUGGCCCCUCCUCCACCCAACCUAAACAAGGGGCCUCCUCCUCCUCCGGGAAGUCUGCCUCCUCCCCCACCUCCCUUCAACCCCGCACCUCCCCCUCCGCCUUCAAGUGUCAACAGUGGUGGGGGAGCUCAGCCCCCUCUUCCCCCAGGCUCCAACAAGUGAACAUUUUCUCUGCUUUUUUUUCAGUAACCUGGUUAAUGAAACUCAUCGGCUUUCUUUGGUCGCAGAAUUCAGGCUGCAAACAAAUGGUUCUCUUUGAGUCUUGAAUUUUUCAGUCGCGGUGAUCGGAAGAAAUUCCAACUGUCUCUGAUUUUUAUACCAUACUCUUCUCUCCUGGUCAGGUUUAGCUUCUAUGUUGACUCUUUGAAUGCUGUAAGUGAAUAGACCUGAAUAAUAAAGGGGGCAAAGCUUACACGCAUUUCUACGUUUAAUUAAAGAAUCACAGACGAAUUUGUAGAAGACAUCUCGAAAAAUUCCACAUAACUGAAAACACGAAAUGCUCGGCCAUCACAUCGAAUAUAUUGACCGCUUCUAAUGUCAUACUUCACUUCCAUUUUCACGAAUAUACAUUUGCCUACAAUGUAGGAGCUGGGUUCUAUCUUUUCUAAAUUAUUACCUUCAAACGUCAGCAAUGUGAGCCAAUGGAAGCGUCUUGUCCUUUGAUUUGUGUCUGAAUAAAAGGCAAAUAAAAAUUUUCAAAA